CCAGAACGCAAGCCCGCUGAUCAUGGCCGAAUCCUACGAGUACCGCAAGAAGCUCGACGAGCAAGUCAAGGAGACGAUCAACCAGAGGCUUGUCGAGUCGGGCGAGAAGGAGCGGCUCAAGGAAGCGUUGCGGCAAAAGCUCACCGCGUGCGGCUGGCGCGAUGAGAUGCGCACGUACUGCAAAGAGCUUAUCAAGACCAAAGGGAUCGACCAAAUCACGGUCGAGGACCUCGUCGACGAGAUCACGCCCAAGGGCCGCGCCGCGGUGCCCGACUCGAUCAAGGCUGAGAUGCUCGAGCGCAUUCGCACGUUUCUCGAUGCGGCAAAGUAAGUCAAUCCUACGUGCGAUGCUACUACUGCUCUUCUACCACGACUGCCUCGCACCACCACAAGAGGAAUGUAGCAUCAAAGAUGGAACCUAUCAUGUCGA